UACAUUUAAAAUUAAUUUUCCAAUCCAAACAUUCCUUCAAGGUUGCACACGAAACGAAUCAGGUGGCCUACACUACACACCCAACUGCAAAUCUUUCCAAUUCUUACGGGUCUGUGCCACGCCAUAGAUCCCUCGUCACCCACAACACCACAACACUCUGUCUCUCUCCCUCUCCCUCUCUACACGAAGCGACUCAAAAACCUUGUCUUGGGUUGCCUUAUUUAUUGCCAAGCCUCUUCUCUAUUCAUUAAUUACUCCUUUACAUUGAUAUACUGUAAUCUGAGCAGUUGAAGAGCCCGAGAUUUGGGCAAUCUUGUGGGAUUUUGAAUCCCCUCUCCGGGUUUCAAGAAUUCUUUUUUAAGGCAUUGGAUUUCUGGGUUUCUUCUUGAUAGAAUGAUUGUUUUGAUAUUUGAUUCUCCGUAAUCUCGCAUCGUAUGGUCAGGGUUUUGUGGGGAAAUUCGAUUGUGAUGAUGGGUUUUGUGAGAAAUUUGAUUUUUUAUGUGGGUUAUGGAGAUGGAAAUGAUUGGAUUACGCUGCUAUGAUCUUUUCUGUUUCAUGUUUUUGUGGGUUUUUGCGGGUUUUUGUGGGUUUUGUGUUUGAGUUUAUCAUAUAUAUGAUAAUGGUUUUUAGGAUAUAGAACUUGAUUGAAUUUUAUAGUUUGUGCAUUCAAUUUACAGAGAUAUCUAGACAGAUUUUGAUACUGUUCCAUUAGUGACAUUUUUUGGUCAUUUUUAGGUCUGUGGAUAAUUUUUUAGUCAGAAUUUAAUAGGAUUUACAGACUAUAGAUCUUCAUACUUUUUAUGUUUGUGGAAGACUAAAUUUAAGAAAUUUCAGAAGUAGGUUGAUUGAGAGUUUAGAAAGGUUUUGUUGGAUUCUUUGGUUGUCAUUAUUUUGAGUGAACAAUGUCUGGUGGAACACCAGUUGGGGGUGGAUUCAUGAGACAGAGGCAUAGCCAAGGAUAUACCUCGGGUAGUGAUGACCUCGAGGACGAUGCAUGUUCAAGAGCAAGUCCUCAGUCACCGUCGUCAUUGCAGCAGAAGACGCGACGGAGAUGGGUUGAGAUUACGGAGAAUGUUCUUUGGAUUGCUUCUGCAGUUUUUAUCAUAUACUAUGGUGAUAGGCAUUCCAAUUUUAUUGUCAUCUUGUGGCACGAUGAUCGGAUUAGAAGAAUACCCUUAUACCUUGGGAUGGUGGGAGUUGGUUUGAACAUUAUCUUCUUCUUAUACACCAGUAUGUUAGCAUGGAAUAUACGGAAGUCUGGUGAGAAGUGGGAUUUUCCAAGUACAUCUGCCCUACCAUUUUUUACCUUUAUUGGGGUCGUCUCCUUUUUCUUGUUUUCCUUUGCAUUGUGGCCAAUUUGGAGUUUCUUGGCCUUGCCUCUUGUGUUCUCGCUGUUUAUGGCUGGCAUGGUCUUGGUACCCUACCUGAUCUUUGGGACAUUGAGGCCGCAACCCAAUGUUCUCCGUAUAGAUUGAAUUUUUUGGAUCCAAGUGAAGAGCUCCAUGACCAUACACACUUAGGUGAAUAGUUCAUAUCUUAGAUUUUAUAGUUUUGUUCUCUUGUAUUUGAUGCAUGCCAACCGUUACUGGUGAUAAAAACAACAGUUCUGAUGUUAUUGAAUGAUUUUUUAUUUUCACAUAUUGAUUCAUGAAACUGCUGGAAACCUUAACCCUGUGGUAUAUGAAUGGAAUUGAUUGAUUUUUUUCUUUGGGUUAGGGGGAGAUUCCUAAGACAACUCUGCAAUUUAAUUUGACUGUUAUGUUUUGUGCGGUUA